CAAAGGGGAACCGCCCAUUCGCCCGCGCAUCUCGCGACGCUUGCGUUCGGCUGUACGAAAAAAAUGUUUGGGAUCAGCGCGUACGCGUGUGUCGCUCCAUGUGUCUCUUCGCGGAAGACAAAGGGGGAGGAAAAAAAAGCAAAUCCCGUGUUGUUUCGGGCAGGCUUCCCUCGUGACGUAGGGAUGCGACGCGGAGGGUAUCUGUGAUCAGAGUCGGUCGCAAAACUGUACUUCGCCUGUGCUUCCUGCAUAUUUAUGAGACGGGAAAUAGGGCUCGGUAGUUCUCUCCGCGUGGACAUUAACUACCGGAUAAACUCUCAAUUACAAAGUAGGCGUAAAUAUGCGCGCUGCGGUAUGCGACGCGCGAUGAAGCAACAGCGAGAUAUACCUUCUUGAAUUGCUGGACGCGCGUCACGCGUCUGCGGAUCUGGUAAAUGUUCAGAUAACCGGAUAACGGAACUAUCCUGAAGUAUCGUCCGCUCGGGAUGUUGGUGCGCGUUGUGCGAAAUGCUGGUGUAACAUGUAACGUGGGGACGUCGCUUUACGACAAUUCAUAGUGUUAUUCGCACAUUGUGAAUCACAAGGACCGUACAUAUAAAUAGAAAGAUGUGAUGGCUGCCUCGGCUACAUCUCGCAACGACGAGGAGGAGUUGAACGGAGAGACGGAGUCGGAGGUCAGUAGCAUAUACCAGUGUGGCUCGGUAAUCUCCACUGUGCCCGAUCGUCAUGGGUUCCUGGGUGGUUCGCAGUACAGUCCCGAAAGGAAGCAGGCGAUACCGCCUGAUGUGAUCCUGCGGAGGGAGAGGAAAUGGAUACAGAUGCUGAACAAUUGGAAUCUCUUCAUGACCACGAAUUAUCGGAAGGUGCGCGAGCGAUGUCGCAAGGGUAUACCGCCGUCCGUGAGGCUGCGCGCCUGGCUGAACCUCUGCGGCGGUCAGCUUCUGAUGAACGAGAACCCGAACAUGUACGAGGAACUGAUCAAGCUACCGGGCGAUCCUAAGUACGUAGAGGACAUCAAGAAGGACCUCCAUCGGCAGUUUCCGCAUCACGAGAUGUUCGUCGAGAACGCGCCCGGUCAGCAGGAGCUCUUCCAGGUGCUCAAGGCAUAUUCGAUCGUCAACAGCAAAGUGGGUUACUGCCAGGCCCAGGCACCCAUCGCCGCGUUCCUGUUGAUGCACAUGCCAGCGGUGCAGGCGUUCUGGUGUCUCGUCGCGAUAUGCGACAAGUAUCUCAGCGGCUAUUACAGCCAAGGCAUGGAGACGCUGCUACGCGACGGCGACAUUCUGUUCGCGCUUCUGAAAAGAGUCUCACCGGUCGCGUACAAACAUCUAAAAAAGCAGAAGAUGGAGCCGAUCCUGUACAUGACGGAGUGGUUCCUGUGCGUUUACACGCGCACGCUGCCGUGGGAGAGCAUCCUGCGCGUGUGGGACAUGUUUCUCUGCGAAGGCGUGAAAGUGAUCUUCAAAGUGGGUUUAGUACUGUUGAAAGGUAGUCUGGGUCGUUCAUCUCUCGCCAAACGCUGCCCGACGACGUACGAGACUCUCCAAGUCCUAAGGAACCCGCCUCAACAUAUCAUGGAAGAGGAAGCUUUGAUCUAUCAGAUUCAGAGGUUGAAUCUGAGCGAGGAGGACUUCGAGUACGAGCAUCAGAGGCAAAUACUGAAGAGGAAAGCGGCGGAGAAAGAAACUGCCAAUCGAACUGACUGAUGAUUAAGUAGAUAAACGGAAAUACGGGGCGGAACGUAUCUAACUUAUGAUGUCCCAAAGUGUGCCUUCCCUUCCGUUCUUCUGGUAAUGUACAGAUUUGGUGAUUUGUACAUUUAGAGUUUCUUCAUACAGAAAGAGGAAAGAGAAAUAUGUUAUACGAAAAACGGGUAGUUACGUACACUCGCAAAGUAGAAAGUAGUUCAUAUUCAUAACUUUGCGCGCGUACGCGCCACAUACAUUCACAUUCACAUUCCCCAAUCAACUGGCAAGCAUUAUUUAUCACUACUUCCUCUUUAUCACUUUAAUAUGCGCAUUAUAGAAAGAGAAACAUUCGUACAUAGUGCUAUUUAACGGUAUUUUCUCAUCGUAUUUCUCUUCGUAGUUACUCGAUAUGACUCUCUUCGUGGUUAAUACUAUUAAUAUUUAUGUACAAAAAUUUAUCGCAUUUUUCAAAUAAAGUACACUAUAUGACAAUGUUAUAUAUACUAAAUAAA